AUGGAGAAAAGACGAUUGUUCGGCCUACUGACAAACUCUUAUCGGACAUCAUUUUCUAUCCCGCGGUUCAGAAUCAACACGCGCGGCCUCGCUGCUUCUCGCUGUCCCUCAGGCCCGCGCCUCUUCCCUACCUCGGGAUGGGAUCACAUCGACCCCUCCAUACCUAUUGAAGAGGAGACAAUUCCCACCUACAGACCUGAAAAGUUCUACCCUGUCCACAUCGGUGAGGUGUUCAAUCACCGAUACCAGGUAGUUGGCAAGCUUGGCUAUGGAUCCAGCGCGACAGUGUGGCUGUGUCGAGACCUCUUGGAGCAACAUUACGUGACACUAAAGGUUUAUACAGCCUCAUCAUCAGUAAAUCGCGAGAUCGAAAUCUACAAGCAUCUAGGCACUGUCCAGUCCGACCACGCCGGUCAGUCAUGCUUGAGACCGUUGAUUGAUGUCUUCCAGACUCCGCAAUCAGAGGGCCAUAGUGUCCAUACUUGUCUGGUACAUCCUCCUCUUGGGAUCAGUCUCGACCAGCUGGCACCGCUGCUCCCAGGCGGGGUCAUGAGUAGUGCCAUGGUGAGAACUACUAUCCGGAAUAUCCUUGCCGCUCUGGAUUUUCUUCACACGGAGGCAGGGGUUGUACAUACCGAUCUCCAGCCAAAUAAUGUUCUUCUUGGUAUCAAGGAUGAAUCCAUACUGUCCAAAUUUGAGACAGCGGAAUUGGAAGCUCCUGUGCCGCGGAAGACCCUUGAAGUUCGUACCAUUUACAUUUCACGACCACUUCCUAUAUCCUAUGGGACCCCAGUUCUCUGUGAUUUGGGCGAGGCUCGGCUGGGAACUGACGAGCAACAAGGCGAUAUCAUGCCGGAUAUCUACCGGGCACCUGAAGUCAUCUUGAACAUGACUUGGGACUAUAAAGUUGACAUUUGGAAUGUGGGGAUGGUGAUAUGGGAUCUAUUUGAGCAUGGCCACCUUUUUAGGGCUCGGAAUCCUGAAGGAAAGUUGGACGAUGGCUACCAUCUCGCCGAGAUGCAGGCGGUCCUGGGAGAUCCGCCUCUUGAAUUCCUCGCUCGAAGUGAAAAGAGCCUCGAGUUCUGGGAUAAAAAUGGCAAAUGGAAAGGCGCAGCUCCCGUCCCGGACUAUGGUCUGGAUACUCUGGAAGAACGACUCCAAGGUGACGAAAAAGAUGAUUUUCUACGUUUCCUCCGCCGAAUGCUGUGUUGGCAACCAGAGGACAGGGCCACUGCAAACGAACUCCUGUUUGAUCCUUGGUUAAUGCAUGGUUUGUUUAAGUGA